AUGCCAUUCUCUCAUCACAGUCAUUCCGGCCAAUUUUGCCCUGGUCAUGCGCAGAAUUCUUUGGAGGAUGUGAUCCAAACUGCCAUCAGCAAGAAGAUGCAAGUCUUCUGUUUGACCGAACAUAUGCCCCGCCAUAAAGAAGAUUUCUAUCCCGAGGAGCUCGAAUCAGGUGAAACAGAAGACAGCCAUGCAGCAAAUGAAGCCGCCUACUGGGACGAAGCAGUGCGUCUCCGCCAGAAAUAUGCCUCCCAGAUCAAGAUCAUCAUCGGGUUUGAGAUUGACUGGAUUCGACCGGCUUCUAGCAAAUUGAUUGAACGCUCGCUCUCACGAUUCCCGUUUGAGUUCUUCGUGGGCUCGGUUCACCACAUGCACACCGUGCCCAUCGACUAUGACCGGCCCAUGUACGAACAGGCGCGGGAGCUAGCUGGCGGAACCGACGAGCGGUUAUUCGAGGACUACUUCGAUGCCCAGUUGGACAUGUUGCAACAACUCCAGCCACUCGUCGUGGGUCAUUUUGAUUUGAUCCGUCUGAAGAGCGAUGACAUGGAGCGCAGCUUUACGACCUGGCCGGGAGUCUGGAGCAAGAUCCUACGGAAUUUGGACUUUAUUGCCUCGUACGGCGGUAUGCUGGAGCUCAAUUCGGCUGCACUGCGCAAGGGAAUGACCGAGCCUUAUCCCAAAGCAGAAAUUUGCAAGGAAUUUGUGGCGCGUGGCGGUCGCUUUUGUCUCUCUGACGAUAGCCACGGCGUUGACCAGGUUGCUUUGAACUUCCACCGUGUACUUGAGUUCCUGGGUCGCGCUGAUAUCUCCAUGCUGCAUUACCUACAAUUGGAAGCGUCGGUAUCGCCGCCCGAUGCUCGAUUCCCGAACACGCAGAUUGCAGCUAUUUCAGUGGAGGACUUGGGGAAAAUGGCGUUUUGGUCAUAA